AGAAUUAGUCCAAGGACUCGCAGGUAUUCUCGCCUCCUCUAUCGUCCAAAUAAUUAAGCAGAACUGAAGCAUGUAGCAACCUUCUAAGCUGGUUGACGUGACCGUUUUUCCAUUUUCCAAGAAUCAGCAACGGAAAUCAGUAUCUAGGGCUUAGGGUUCAGAUAGUUAGUGAUAGCCUUCUCCAGUACGCGACCUGCUUAUCAGGAUUCAGGCUUCCUUUUAUUUGGUUCCUUAAGAGUUUCUUGGUGAUGGAACAUUCCCCCUCGUGUCAUUCAAAGUUCGUUCAGGCUUCAUACCCCCUACUCCUUGAUGGGAUGUCUGACCGGUCGAGAAUUUAGAAAGCAUAUCGCUCUACAUCCACUUCUAAUUCACCUUAGGUCAGCCGUCAGUCAAAUCACUACUAUAACAAUCUCUGUCAUGCGAUACCCCAGCCCAUUCGCUUGAUGGUUUAUCAUAACUAGAGAUCCGAGAAACAUAAAACUGGGCAAUAUAUACAAGGGCACAUCUGAGCAGCCAAAAUGGCGCGAGCAAGCCAUGAAAUCCCCGUUCCCAAAUUGCUGGCAUCUUCCGUAACUGGGACUACACUCCUAAUCAUGAUUCAGCUGGCCUCACGGGUAUUUACUUUUGCGACGAAUCAAUUAAUCUUACGAGAGAUAUCACCCAAAACCUUAGGGAUCGCCGCUCAGCUUGAACUGUAUCUCGCCUCGGUACUAUAUUUCUCGAGGGAAAGCAUAAGGACCGCAAUUCAAAGGCAGCCUUCAGAGUCUUUCGCUACAGCUACAAAAAGAGAAGAAUCCUCUGAGUAUAACAAAUCGAACUCUGUGCAGGCCCAAUCUGGCACGUUGCAGUCAGUGGUCAACAUUUCUUAUCUGUGUCUCGGCAUCGGUAUCCCUCUAGCUUUGACAUUCGCCUCGUUUUAUUCUCAUCUUGCUCCCAAAGAGGUUUCCGAACUGCCGUUUUUUCAGAUUAGCCUAAUUACCACCGGAAUUGCAUCAAUCCUAGAGCUGGGUGUGGAACCUUUCUUUGCAGUGGUACAGCAGUGUAUGCUAUACAGAACACGGGCUGUUGUUGAAAUGUCCGCUGCCUUCCUGAAAGCUCUUUCACUCUGUAGCAUUUCUAUCUGGGCUGCAUGGGCUGGUUAUGACCUUGGUGUUCUUCCGUUUGCUCUCAGUUACCUGAGUUAUUCCCUCGCUCUUCUAUGUGGCUAUGCGAUAACCAUGUUGGACAUGGCACGUAAAAAUUAUUUUUCGUUUCUUCUUACACCUAUAAGGCCUAGUGGUGGCCCCAAUUACGUGGCCGACAGGUUUUCUUUUCGAUUGAUGUCGCUCUCUGCAACCGUCUUCUUCCAGACGGUAGUGAAGCAUAUACUUACACAGGGAGAUUCCUUGAUGCUUGCCGCAAUGUCAAGUUUAGAAGACCAAGGAAUAUACUCUCUUGCAUCCAAUUACGGAGGGCUUAUCGCGCGCGUUUUCUUUCAGCCAAUUGAGGAAAGCAGCCGGAAUUUGUUUUCUACCGUUCUCGCAUAUAAUGAAAUCAACAAUCAGAAUGCAGAUUGCAUCAACAUGGCCAAAUCUCACCUGGUAGACGUUUUGCAGGCCUAUGGGAUAUUAUCUAUAAUUGUUUUCCCUCUAGGCCCAGUUAUAGUGCCUCUGGCACUUCGUUUUUGGGGAACACAUCGUUGGAAUUCACCGAAGGUUGAGGGCUUGCUUUCAUUGUACUGUUAUUACGUGCCGUUUCUGGCAUUCAACGGUAUAGCCGAAGCCUUUGUUUCCUCCGCAGCAACGCCUUCGGAACUUCGGAGUCAAGCGGGUUGGAUGGGAGGCUUUUCCGCGUGUUUUGCUUUAGCGGCCUACGUCUUUCUGAAACUAGGCGAUUUAGGUGCUCAAGGACUUGUGCUGGCCAAUAUCGUGAACAUGGGCGUUCGAAUCCUAUGGAGCUACUUCUUCAUCAAAUCAUAUUUCGGUCGACACAAGAACCACCUAGGUCUAGCUGAUGUCAGCUUACACCUUUGCAGCUACCUGGCUGGAGUCGUAACAACUUCGGUCCUAUCGUCUAAGAGAGUGUAUGUUGCAACCAACCUGCACAGCACCAUUGGGAUAUUCAUUGCGGGAGUGGCUUAUAUUCUUCUAAUUCUAUACUUCGAAAGGAGGUAUAUUACAAAACAAUACAGCAACAUUCGCCGUCUUUUCCAUUCCAAGGUUGCGAGCCGAAAGGUGGAAUGAUGUGAAGGUCAGUCAUCGAAUAUGAUCUUUGUUGCCGACUUGCUGGUGUCAACAUCCUUGAAGAAUGCACCAUAGACAUCGUGUUGCUUCUUCUUAACAGUGGUCCCAAACUUAAGGAGGGCCUCUGGUACUUCUUGCUUUGCCUCCCUUAGGACAUUGAUAAGCCUGGGUGUCAUUGUUAGUUCGGGUUCAUUUGCCUUCUAAUUGGAUUAAGCCACACAGGAGGAAAGGAUACUCACGCUCCUGACUGGGUCUUGUCGUUCUCUGUGAAGAAUGUAGUGGCGCGGCCCUCUGCUCCAGCCCGUCCCGUUCUUCGGAAGUCAGCUACUUGAACUAUGCAUAUAACAGUAAUGCCAAACUUACCGGCCUAUUCGAUGAACAUAAUCUUCCACCGUCAGGGGAAAUGUGACGUUGAUAACUAAUUUCACAGAAGGGAUGUCAAGGCCACGCGCUGCGACAUCAGUCGCAACAAGGAUUGUAGCGGCCCCCGAUUUGAACGCAUUCAAGCUUUCGAAUCUCUUUUGCUGAUUCAAAUCACCAUGAAUACCAGCAACUCUGAAUCCUCGGCGUCUUAUAAGAUUCUCAAUGCGUACAGCUUCCUUCUUGUACAAGCAGAACACUAGAAUUUUGUCGACGGCUUCUCUUCGAGACUGGUCCAGCAGUUGCAAAAGCCGCGAUUCUUUCUCCCUUGGACUAAUCACCUCAACAAUCUGCUUGAUCCUCGUAUUUGCUCUGGGGUCCGCAGAUGGGUCACCACCAACAGUCACAGUGACUGGUGAAGUCAUAAAUUUUCCCGCAAGAUCCCUCACUGUCGGCGGCCACGUUGCUGUAAACAUAACCGUUUGACGACGAGAUACGGGCAUGGGGCGAAUUAUAUCCUUAAUAUCUUGUUCAAAUCCCUUGUCUAGCAUACGAUCCGCCUCAUCUAAGACGAGAUACUUGACUUUCCCUAACACUACUGAACCAUCAUUUUGAAGAUCUUUCAGACGACCAGGAGUCGCAAUAACAAUGGCCGCAGUUCUUAGAGCCACUCGCUGCUCUUCUUUUUUCACUCCCCCGAAAAUGCAUGCCACAUCAAUGUCCACGGACUGUGCAAAUUUCAGGACUUGGUCAUAUAUUUGCAUGGCAAGUUCUCUUGUGGGAGAGAUUAUCACAGCUGCAGGUCUGUAAGGUUUACUUUUCCUCUUGGAGUCCAAUAUUUUCUUUAGACAUGGUAAGGUAAAUGCAAGGGUCUUCCCGCUUCCAGUUUCUGCAAUACCAAUGACAUCACGACCAGCGAACAAAAGUGGCCAUGUCGCUGACUGAAUUGGGGUCGGUGAUUGAAAUGAGGCCAAGGGAGCAUAGAGGCUGUUGUUGCACGGGGACAAUUGGUCGAACGAAAUAAUUGCACGCGGAAUAGGUGUCCCCGGAAGUGAAUCUGUAAUCUUUAUAGAAUUCGUUGCAAGGAACUGGUCGGACUCUGAUUGAGAUACAGAGCUAAGGGCAGAACUAGCAUCGGAUGUAUCUUUUUCAGACGCCCUCACCCCCAGAUCCUCCUCAUCGUUGGAAUGCUUUGUGCGCUUAUCAGGAUUUGGUCGCUGAUCAGCAGUCUCUUUGUCAGUGUGAUUGCGUUUAGCCAUAAUGACACCUGGAUUGGUUUGUAAAUCUAGGAAGAUAUUGGCAGAUAUACGCCCCGGUAUAACAAAAAGUAAGAGUAUAUAAGCAAAGUGAGGGGUUUCCCUUUGGAAAUGUUUUUAAAGAAAAAUCAAUAAGUAGAAAAAGAAGAAUGAAGACAAUGACGAAUCCCAAUGUAAGUAUCAAGCAGCGCUUGAAAGGAAUGUGGG